AGCAGAGAGAAGCUGUGGACAUUCACAAGAUGGUGAAGAUGCAGUGGAGUCUGUUUGUGUUCAUUGUGAUGGGUCAGUGUUCCUCCAUUGGGGGUCACCUCUAUGACUACCACUUCAUUGGAGAGAAUAAGACCUGGAAAGAAGCCCAGGAGUAUUGCAGAACGUACCACACUGACCUGGCCACAGUGGCUAACCAGACAGACAUGAAGAGACUCCACAACCAUCCAAAGUAUCAAGUAGGAGCCUGGAUUGGGCUGCAUGAAAACACAACAAACAUCGUGUGGCGCUGGUCUCAGCAAGAGGUGGAGUUCAACGAGAGUGAGAGUAACUGGUAUCAAGGACAGCCAAAUAAUGUAGACGAUCAUCAGAUCUGUGUGAGGAUGAAUGGUGGGACAUGGGAUGACGACCAUUGUUCUAACAGCUAUGAAUUUAUCUGCUAUGACGUCUGA